GGGGGCUUCGGGAAGCCCGGUCCCAUCCCCGCUCCCCCUGCCCGGCCCCGGCCAUGAAUAUGUAACUCCCUUCUAUUUCCCGAGCUCCAUUGCGGAGGCUGCCGCUCGCCAUAUUGUGCUGUUGGGGCUGUGGCUGCUCCGGCCGCCGGAGACGGGGCUCGGCCGAGGGGAGAGCUCGCAGCCGUAGAACUUGAUUCUCCGCACUUUAUAUGACAUCAAAUUCUGGUACUGGAAGAGAGAAGCUGACAUACUGAAUAAACCAUGUCUCAGGCUGUGCAGACCAAUGGAACUCAACCUUUAAGCAAAACAUGGGAGCUCAGUUUAUAUGAAUUACAGAGAACACCUCAGGAAGCAAUAACUGAUGGCCUGGAAAUAGUGGUGUCACCUAGAAGCCUGCACAGUGAACUGAUGUGUCCCAUUUGUUUGGAUAUGUUGAAAAACACCAUGACAACAAAGGAAUGCUUGCAUCGUUUCUGUGCUGACUGUAUCAUUACAGCUCUCAGGAGUGGAAACAAAGAGUGUCCCACAUGUCGUAAAAAGCUUGUUUCUAAAAGAUCACUGAGACCAGAUCCGAAUUUUGAUGCCCUCAUCAGUAAAAUUUACCCAAGUCGUGAUGAAUAUGAGGCUCAUCAAGAGAGAGUUCUAGCAAGGAUCAGUAAGCACAAUAACCAGCAAGCUCUGAGCCACAGCAUUGAGGAAGGAUUAAAGAUUCAAGCAAUGAACAGGCUACAACGAGGCAAGAAACAACAGAUUGAGAAUGGCAGUGGAGCAGAGGAUAAUGGUGACAGUUCACACUGUAGCAAUGCUUCAACACACAGCAACCAGGAAGCGGGGCCUAGUAACAAAAGAACCAAAACAUCAGAUGAUUCUGGGCUAGAAUUGGACAAUAACAAUACAACUGUGGCAAUAGACCCAGUAAUGGACGGUGCUAGUGAAAUAGAGCUAGUCUUCCGGCCCCAUCCUACACUCAUGGAGAAUGAUGACAGUGCACAGACCAGAUAUAUAAAGACCUCAGGCAAUGCCACAGUUGAUCACUUAUCUAAGUACCUAGCUGUGAGGUUGGCUUUGGAGGAACUUCGGAGCAAAGGAGAGUCAAACCAGAUGAAUCUUGACACAGCCAGUGAGAAGCAGUACACAAUUUACAUUGCUACGGCCAAUGGCCAGUACACUGUAUUAAAUGGUUCCUUUUCCUUGGAGCUGGUCAGUGAGAAGUACUGGAAAGUGAACAAACCCAUGGAACUCUACUAUGCACCAACAAAGGAACAUAAAUAGGCUUUGCGAGAAGGCUUGGAGAGAGGACUCUAACUUUUAUAGCUAUGAUUUCUUUAAUAUUAAGGAGGCACCACCGUCAUCUUCAUGGACAGUACUUGGGAUGUCUUCAGACUACUCACAGAGCCUACUUCUUCUUAUAAUUAGACAGUAUUCUGAGUUUUAUUUUUAAUUUAAUAUUUUUUUCCAGGGGACUGAAUAACCUUCUCCAGUGCAUUCCAUUGUUGUUAUCAAAGAUAUGCUUUUUUUUUAUUCCCAGCUUAUGAUAUCAGAUCAACAAAGAUUCCAGCGUGGAAUGUUUUAACUUAAUCCAGGAAAAGCUGUUGGUCUGCUAAUAUGCUUGAUACAAUUAUACCAGCCCUUAGGUGAAAUAUUGAAGGUCUAAAGUAGUCAAUA